AUGGAAAGCAAAGGAGACGAGGAAUUGAAGAAGACCCAGGUGGUGGAUGCUCGAGCAAGGAAUAUCAGUCACAAUGUUAGGUGCACUGAAUGUGGGAGCCAGUCCAUUGAAGAUUCUCAAGCAGAUAUUGCAAUUCUCCUCAGGAAGUUGAUCCGUGAUGAGAUUCAAGCUGGGAAAAGUGACAAAGAAAUCUACAAAAAGCUUGAGGAUGAUUUUGGGGAGACAGUACUUUAUGCUCCAAAAUUUGAUAUGCAGACUGCGGUCUUGUGGCUUUCACCGUUUCUAGUUGCAGGUGCUGCUGGAGGAUUAUGGGCUUACAAAAAACACAGGCAAAAUACCAAUGUUCACAUCAUGGCUCUGGACCUAGUUAGAGGUGUUCCAUUGACCCCAAAGGAGAAGGAAACUAUGCUGGAUAUUCUUACACCUCCUCUCCCAGGAGGAACUACUCCUUCCUCCUGGUGGAGAAGGAUUGCCGAUCAACUUGUUGAAAUGAGGUUGGCCUUGGUCAUGAGGAAGAAGUUUGAUUGUCCCUAUGAUUUUAAGAAGCUCAAUUAUGGUAACAUUUUGAUUGCUGUUCGUUUUGCAGCAUCACAUCCUGGUGCGUUUAUGGAGGUUAUCAAGACAGUUUAUAGGCAAGGGACUGCAGCUGCUGAUAGCAUUGCUAUCAGAGCUGAUCAGAAAAGUUAUAGUUACAAACAACUCAUCUCAUCUGCAUGGGAGAUAUCCAAUCUGUUAUGUAACAGCGGCUUAGGAACCGUUGAUGAUGUUGGAGGACAUAAACAUCUUGGUGGAGCUCGAAUAGGAAUUGUGGCUAAACCGUCAGCAGAGUUUGUUGCUGGGAUACUAGCAACUUGGUUUAGUGGAGGUGUUGCAGUUCCACUUGCACUCAGCUACCCAGAGACCGAGCUCUUGCACGUGAUGAAUGAUUCUGAGAUAUCCAUGGUACUUAGUACUGAAGAUCAUCAGGAGUUGAUGCAAAAUGUUGCUGGUAAAUGUGCUGCUCAGUUCUCCCUCAUUCCUUCUGUUGACAGAAUUUCUUCACAGGAAAGUGUAUGUGAUCAUUCACAAAUUGAAGAAAUAGCUUCAGACAAAGGUGACAAUCCAGCAUUAAUUAUAUACACAAGUGGAACCACAGGGAAACCUAAAGGUGCAGUUCACACGCACAAAAGCAUCACUGCUCAGGCAUGUAUUCAAAUUGUGCGGGGAGUCUGGCAAAGAUGGGGUGAAUCAUAUCCUACUAAGGGGAGUAAAGCUGAUGAUGCUAUAACGGUGUUUACUGGAGUUCCAACUAUAUACACUCGAUUGAUUCAAGGUUACGAAGCAAUGGACCCUGAUCAACAGGCAGCUUCUGCCUCUGCUGCAAGACAGUUGCGGCUGAUGAUGUGUGGCUCCUCUGCUCUCCCGCUUCCUGUCAUGCAACAAUGGGAAACCAUCACAGGUCAUCGCCUUUUGGAAAGAUAUGGCAUGACUGAGUUUGUCAUGGCAAUAUCAAAUCCCUUAAGAGGUGUGCGGAAGGCAGGGACUGUUGGUAAACCAUUUCCCAGAGUGCAGGUCAAGAUUGCAGAAGAGCAGAAUGAAAAUGACGCAACGGGAGUGGGUGAACUCUGUGUCAGAAGUCCUUCCAUGUUCAAGGAAUAUUGGAAACUUCCUCAGGUAACUAAGGAUUCAUUUACUGAUGAUGGCUUCUUCAGGACUGGGGAUGCUGUUAAAAUAGAUGAAGAUGGUUAUUAUGUUAUUUUGGGACGUACAAGUGCGGAUAUUAUGAAGGUUGGGGGAUACAAAUUAUCUGCAUUAGAAGUUGAAUCGGCACUUUUGGAGCACCCAGCUGUUGCAGAAUGUUGUGUGUUGGGUUUGCCUGACGAAGCCUAUGGAGAUGCUGUGUGUGCUGUAAUUGUGCCAGAUGAAGCAACAAAGAGAAAACAAGUGGAGUCAUCAAAACCUGCUAUCAGCUUGGAAGAACUAUGUGAGUGGGCUAAAGACAAACUUGCACCAUACAAGCUACCUACUCGAUUGUUUCUGUGGGAUUCACUGCCUCGUAAUGCCAUGGGAAAGGUAAACAAAAAAGAGUUGAAGAAAGUUCUUGCGGCUGAACAAUAA